CUUAUCUCUCUUUCAAAAUUAACUUUUUGAAAAUUUCAGUUAACUUCCAAAAAUGGAGAUAGCUCCAGCAACGAUCGCUUUGUGCUCCAAAGAGCAGCAAAAGAUGUAUCACGAAUGGUUUGAAAUAGCAGAUCCAGAUGGUGAUGGACGCAUCACCGGAAACGAUGCUACAAAGUUCUUUGCACUAUCAAAGCUUUCUCGGCAAGAACUGAAGCAGAUUUGGGCGCUUGCAGAUUCUAAACGACAAGGAUUUUUAGAUUUUUCGGAGUUUGUUAUUGCGAUGCAGCUUGUAUCUCUCGCACAAGCUGGACACGAAAUAACCUCUGAUAUCCUUAAAAAUGGAGUCCAAGCGGAGAAUAUUGAACUCCCAACAAUGGAAGGGGUAGAGGCAUUUGCAACAAAAAAUAAGAGGUCAACAACGAACAGUGAGCCUGCUGUGAAUGGCUCUGCUCCGACGCAAACUUUAUCAUCAUCUUCAUGGUUUACUUCAAAAUCUGCAAAGAAGACACCUUCAACUUCAGUCACAUCAAUAAUUGAUGGGUUGAAGAGAUUGUACAAUGAAAAACUAAAGCCACUAGAAGCUGCCUAUCGUUUUAAUGAUUUUGUAUCUCCAUUCUUGACAAACAGUGAUUUUGAUGCAAAGCCUAUGGUUAUGCUUUUGGGUCAGUAUUCAACUGGAAAAACAACAUUUAUAAAACAUUUGCUAAGAUGUGACUACCCAGGAGCUCAUAUAGGACCGGAGCCUACAACAGAUAGAUUUGUUGUUGUUAUGUCUGGACCUGAUGAAAGGAGUAUACCUGGGAACACUAUUGCUGUUCAUGCUGAUAUGCCAUUCAGUGGCCUGACAAGCUUUGGAGGAGCAUUUUUAUCCAAAUUCGAGUGUUCUCAAAUGCCUCAUCCGUUGUUAGAUCAAAUAACAUUUGUGGACACUCCUGGGGUUUUAUCAGGCGAAAAACAACGAACCCAACGUACUUAUGAUUUUACUGGGGUUAUAUCAUGGUUUGCAGCAAAAUGCGACCUAAUUCUUCUUUUGUUUGAUCCUCAUAAACUUGAUAUUAGUGAUGAAUUCAAGCGCGUAAUUGCAUCCUUACGUGGUAAUGAUGACAAGAUACGUGUUGUGCUAAAUAAAGCAGAUCAAGUUGAUACUCAACAAUUGAUGAGAGUUUAUGGUGCAUUGAUGUGGUCACUUGGGAAAGUACUAAAUACCCCUGAGGUUGUUCGUGUUUAUAUUGGCUCUUUUAAUGACAAACCUGUCAAUGAAGACUUUGUCGGCCCAAUAGGAAGAGAACUUUUUGAGAAAGAACAGCUUGAUCUCCUCAUGGAUCUAGUCAAUAUUCCGAAGAAGGCUUGUGAUCGUCGAAUCAAUGAAUUUGUAAAAAGAGCCAGAGCUGCCAAGAUUCAUGCCUAUAUUAUUAGCCAUCUUAAGAAAGAAAUGCCUGCCAUGAUGGGCAAAGCUAAAGCUCAGCAACGCUUGAUUGAUAAUCUCGAAGACGAAUUCGCAAAGGUUCAAAGAGACUUCCAUCUACCAGCAGGAGAUUUCCCAAAUGUGGAGCACUAUCGAGAGGUCUUAAAUGGAUACAGCAUUGAUAAAUUUGAAAAACUUAAACCUAAGAUGAUACAAGCUGUAGACGACAUGCUUGCUUACGAUAUCCCAGAAUUAUUGAAGAAUUUUAAAAAUCCUUAUGAGUAGAAACUUAAAAGAUUGUUGAAGUUAAAGCUUCUGUAACAUUGAGUUUAUUUUGAUAUUUU